AGUCGUGAUCAGUCAGUAGUCAGGUCUAGUUGUGUCAAUAUGUAAAUUAUAAUUAGACAAACCUAAAAGUUAGCGGAUAUUGUGUCAUUCAACAGCUUCGAAAAAGCCAUAUUUUCAUUGAUUAUAGAAGUGAAAAUGGCAGAAAGCAAGAGCCCCGAAGAGAUAGAACAGCAAGUGGUGCAAUUUAAAGAAUGGAUCGUCAAUCAAUCGAGUCUGCCUACAAAAGAUUUAGAUGACAAACUCAUCAAACGGUUCCUACAUAGCUGCUAUUACAACAUCGAUCAGGCGAAGAGUGCUAUAGAACUGUUCUUCUCCAUCAGGUCUUCAAUACCAGAACUCCUCAACGACAGAGAUCCACUCUCACCACAGUUUCAGAGGGCACUGAAAAUUGUAAACGUAGCGCAGAUUCGAAUAUCGGGAAACCGAAAUCUAUGGGCGUGGCAACUAAACGAUCCCGGCCUGGAAGUUUUCGAUUACAUCCAAGACGUCAGGCUGUUCUUUUUAACCAUGGAUUCGUGGCUUCUAAACGAAGAACAUCUGGAAGAUGCCGACUUAGUGAUGCUUGACGUAAAAGAUAUAUCACUCAAGUUCUUAACCAAAUUCAACGUAUCCGUCGCCAAGAAAAUGUCAAAAUAUCAACAAGACGCUUUACCUAUUAGGUUGAAACAGAUCCACAUAGUGAACGCGCCGCCAUUCAUAGACAAGAUUUUCGGUCUGAUGAAGCCGUUUUUAAAGCAAGAAGUCACUGAAAUGGUUCAUUUCCACCCGCCUAAGUCGGACACGUUACUCAAUUACUUUGAUAAAGAUGACCUUCCCGAAGACUACGGUGGCACCAAAGGCAGAAUGGAAGAGCACAUGAAACGUGUUAUCGAUGUUGUGAUGAGCAAAAGGGAUGUUUUGUUGCGAAAUGACCUCUGGCGAUCUGAAAUGAAAAGUAAGAGUAAGAACAACGAAUCAUUAAAAGAUAUUGGCUCUUUCCGAACUCUUGCCAUCGACUAGUUUUAUUUCGUCCAAUUAGCGAUCUAAUUGUAAGGUAUUAAGGUUUAUAUCAAGUGUUACAUCAUGCAGAGCUGAUAUAAUAGUGAAAUAUAAUGUGUUUUUUUACUAAAUCCUAUGAAAACAUGAAAAACUUGCUAGAGUGAAAAUAUAAGACUAUAAAUGAUUUGAUACUAUUUUUAGAGCUUUUUUGAUAGUUUACAAACUCAGUUUUAAUAAGUAAAACUGUAUAAUAUUUAAUAACAAAAAUUGAUGUGUUAUUCCUAAAAGAAGCAUUUUGAGUAGGUGGAAACUUUGCAAUAAUGGAAUUACUAUUAAAACCAUAAUGAGUUCGCGUGUGUUCUAUUGAGACUAAUGAGUAAUUAGCAUUAUAGUUGAACGUGGUAAAGCGCAAAAGCAAAAGCACUUGCGAAGGUAAAGCGACUGUGAUAGCGAUGUAUGGAAUUACGUAACUCCUAAGGGACCGUCCAUUAAUCACGUGAGGCUCGAAAGGGGGGAGAGGGAUUCGUCAAAAACCACGAAAUAUCACAAAGGGGUGGGGGGGGUGGUGUAGUAAUAGAUCACGUGUAUUUAUUUUUUCCUCAAACGCGCGAUUAUUUAACCGAACAGCGACGUCAAAAAUUAAGAUUUUUUUGUUUUUUUUUUAAAUACACGUGAUUUGGUUGAAGGCUGUGGUUUAAGACUACCCGUCUUAAACCCUCACCAUGUAUCACCAAAGGGGAGGGGGGGGUCAAAAAAUGUUGAAAAAAACAUCACGUGAUUAUUGGACGGCCCCUAAACUAGCAAUCUCUUUCGGGAUGAAUGAUGAUUUGAAUGAUCAAAAAACACAAUAAAAAAUUUGUUAAACCCAUUGAAACAUUUCAGUUAGUAUUUAACUCUUUAGUUUGAUAUUUCUCAAUAUCUUUCAAAAAUAUUUGCGUCUAAAAUUAACGUUAAAUUAAUCGUUAAAUAUCUUGAAGUUCAUGAAUAUAAUUCAAAUGUCAAAUUGAAAAGGAACGCGAUCAUUUUAAAAUUAGACAAUUAGGCCCCUGACGUAUGACGUCACAAGUCUUUCAUUUUGUCUACAAUAGCGGCUUAAUUUAGAUGUCACAGAGAAGUAUAUUGUAGGUAUCUCAUUGUCAGGUAUAUAAAGC